UCAAUUGGGUUCGAAUGGUUGUUUUUGGCAGAACCUGCCAAAUACACGAGAGCUCUUCCACCAGCUCAUUAUUCAUUGAAGAUUGAAUCAUUUUCCGCAUUAUCAAGGUUGGACAAGGGCAAGUAUGAUUCCGAGGUAUUUAAAGCUGGGGGCUACAAAUGGAGCCUAUCUCUUUACCCUAAUGGAAACAAGAAACAAAAUGGAUCGGGAUAUAUUUCCCUCUAUUUGUCCAUCAAGGAGAAAGAUAAGCUUGAUAAAGGUCUGAAAGUUCACGUCAACUACAAGCUUUUUGUGCACAACAAGUCACGAAAGGAGUACUUGACCGUCCAAGAUGCUGAUGGGGCAGUAAGCAGCUUCCAAAGCUCGAAGACCCGAUGCGGGUUUCCUCGGUUACUUUCCUUGAAAAAAUUCAAACAAGAUGGAUACCUUGAUAGAAAUGACUCUUGCACAUUUGGGGCUGAGGUUUUUGUCAUCCAACCUGCCGAGAUGACGGUGGAGUCUUUUACCUUGACUAGAUACCCGCCUCAAAACACAUUCACAUGGAAGUUCCAAGGCUGGUCCACAUUGGGCACGCGUCGCCAUUCCGACGAGUUUACCAUCGAAGGAAGGCAAUGGAAGUUAUUGGUGGAUCAAAAAGGCAAUGCCUCCAGUCAGGAAAAGUCGCUGUCCGUUUACUUAGAAGUGCAACGCCUUACUCCGAAGAUGAAAGUGUACGCAGAAUUCAGUUUGCGUGUGUUGAACCAAGUCAACGAGAAAAAAAAAAAGGAGAAAACAAUUGAAUGCUGGCUAUGUGCCUCGGAUCCCAAAAGGGGUGAUGCAGACUUUAUGCCCUUGAAGGAUCUCCAGAAACCGGCAAAAGGUUGUAGAAGAAAAGACUCUCAUUUUUCUAUUCAAUGA